UCCCCUCUCUCUGGCUCCCCCAGGCGGCCUCCUCCAUCGCCCGCUUCGCGUCGGCCAUGGAGAGCUUCCUGGGAGGCUGCAGGGCCACCCUUCAGGUUAUCAAGAGCAUCCCGCUUUGCCCCAGAAAUCAUAGAUGCUCCCAUCCUCUGGAAACUGCAUUCCUUCCGAGGAGUGGGCCUGUGGCCACACACGCCUCUCCGGGUGAUCACGUCCGGAGCAACCGGGAGGUCCACGUGGUGCUGGGGAACGAGGCUUGCGACCUGGACUCCAUGGUGUCCGCCUUGGCCCUCGCUUACUUCUUUGCAAAGACUACUCCAGAGUCAAACGGGGUCUUCGUUCCAGUCCUUAACAUCCCCCGCUCAGAAUUCCCACUUCGCACAGAGAGUACCUUCCUCCUCAAGGAACAGCAUGUCUCAGAGAGCUCCAUCAUCUUCCGGGACGAGAUCAACCUUGCCACCUUGCAUCAAGCAGGACUCCUUUCUCUGACGCUGGUUGACCACCAUGUCCUGCCAAGCGGGGAUGCGGCGCUGGAGAAGGCAGUCGUUGAGGUGAUAGAUCACCGCCCCAUGGAGCGGGAGAGGGGCCCUCCCUGCAGAGUCACGGCAGAGCUGGUGGGUUCGUGCGCCACGCUGGUGACGGAGAGGAUCCUCCAGAGCCCAGCACAGGUUUUGGACAGACAGACGGCAGCUCUCUUGCACGGCACGAUAGUGUUGGACUGCGUCAACAUGGCUCCCGAAGCAGGCAAAGUGACUCCGAAGGACAUCUAUUAUGCUUCCCUUUUGGAAUCGAGGUUCCCUGAUCUGCCCCUGAGAAGCGUCAUAUUUGAAGCCCUACAAAACGCCAAGUUUGACGUCUCAGGCCUCACCACAGCCCAGAUGCUGCGCAAGGACCUGAAGGCCCUCUCCGGCAAAGAAGCCACCAUCGCCCUCAGUGCCAUAUACAUGGAUCUACAGGCCUUUUUGCAUCGCCCUGGUUUGGAAGACGAACUGUGCGCCUUCUGCCAACAGAGGAGCUACGAUGCGCUGCUGGCCAUGACCAUCUCCUUCAACGAACGCAAUGAGCCAUUCAGACAGGUUGCCCUGUACAGCCAGAAUGCGGCGCUCCAGGCUGCGGUGUGCCAAGCCUUGGAAGGUUCUAGAAACCCGACCUUGGGGUUGUCUCUGCUUGAGAGCCCGUACCCUACCAUCUGCGCCUACAGCCAGGGCAACACCACCGCCUCACGCAAGAAGGUCCUUCCUGUCAUCACAGACUUCCUAAGGGAGUGGGGCCAAAGCGAUCCCACCGGUGUCGACAUGCAACCGGAGGCCACAGACCUGUGCCGCAAGACGAGAUCAGAGCCCAAAGGUACCGAAACCUGCAACCAAGAAUGGGGCGGGUCCAGAAAGGAACCCGCAAAGCCUCACCACUUGGGGGAGGACCUGGCUGCGGAUGACGACACCCUCCUGCCUCCCACCCCGAUGAACAGCCUCGUGGACGAGUGUCCCCUCGACCGGGGUCUCCCCAAACUGUCAGCAGAGGCCGUCUUUGAAAAGUUCAACCGCAUUGCGGCGGCUCGUUCCGCUGAGGAGGACAGCCCUGAAAAGAAGUGACACUGAGCACGGACUGGACUCCUCUGGAUUCAGGGAGCGCAGGGGCGUGAUUCGUGUGUGUGUGUGUGCACGGGUGAAUGGAGGAAUAGGAAUACCCACUUGUUCCGGGGAAAUCAAACACAUGGUAUGUUGCUCUACAGCGGUACAUGACAAUGUUGCAGCUCAGAAAUGAAAGGCAGGUAGGAAUAUUUCGUGCUUGGGAAUUGCUAAACAAAGCGUUUCUCCAGCUAGAUGAGAGAGCUCUUGAGCAUGUCAUAACUUGGCAAUGUAGGCCCAGCGGCCCUUCAGGUGUAGGCCAUGCCUACUCUGGAUUCAUUGGAGGCUCCAAAUCCCUGACUAUUUAUAGGUCCACAAAGGCUAGAGACAUAGAAGCGCAGUGAGCAGGUUGAAGGAACCAGGGUGUGCGCGAGGGUAUGAUUUAAGUAAAUAGAGAGAUGAGGCUUUAAAGGGAGGCUUCUUCCAAGAUCGUUAAAGGUCACAGAGCAGGAGAUGGACUGCUUUGAUCCACAGAGCCUAACCCUUGGUGAAACGGGAUAAGGGCUUACACAGGAGGACCUUCCGGUGGGCUGUGGGCCAGUGAUGAUUAUGCUGGAGACAGGCAGCAGUUUUAAGAGGACUGUGAGUGAUUUGAGAGAGGCAUCACUUUCUGUGGCACAUGCUCACAUCUUUGGUCCUACUGUCGUCUCCGAUCAAACAUGUCAGGCAGGCUUUUUUGGGGGGAGGGGGUGGAAUUCCAACAAAAAAGCCAAACCCUUCUAGACCUGUUUGACCUGAUCAGAGGCGAAAGUAAAAUGAGAGUGUCCACAACUGUCUUUAAGUCCCAAGGCUCAGGUGUGGAGAUUAUCUAGCUCACUGUUCUUCAACCUUGGGUCCCCAGAUUUGUUGGACUACAACUCCCAUCAACCCCAGUCAGUUUAGCAGUGGCCAAGGAUGAUGGGAAUUGUAGUCUAACAGAGUGCAAGCUUGCGAGUUCUGCAGAAUUGUUCCUCAGGAUAGAUCAGGUGUGGGGAUCCUUCGGCCCUCCCAGAUAUUGCUGAACAACAACUCCUCUCAGACCCACCAAGCAUGGCCAAUGGCCAAGGAUGAUGGGGGUUGUAGUUCAGCAACCUCUGGAGGGCCAAAGGUUCCCCACACCUGAUCUAUCCUGAGGAACAAUUCUGCCGAACUCGCAAGCUUGCACACUGUGAUGUGACGUUUUUAUCGGCCUCAAUACGGAUUUGGGAACGGUAAAGUCCAGCUUCUUGAGCACCAGACCUGUGUUAUGCUCAUUCCCACACGUGCACAGAGACUCUCUUGUGAACGCAGCCUAUUUCUACGCCACAGAUUCCACCCGUUUCAUAGAGGCUCCUUCCUUACUAUCCGGAGGAAUGCUGGGAAUUGUAGUUCCGGGGUGGGCGAGUGGGUUGCUGAACCUCAGUAAGUGUGUGGUGCUUCCAGUGGGGUGGGAAGAGUUCCCUCUUCAUGCAUAUUGAGAAUGAUGGAAUCCCAGGAUUUUCACCGCCUCAGAGCAGCGUAAUACAUUUGUCAGAACUGUGAUUUUGUGCGCACGCAAAGAUGUUUCCCAAAGUCUGUUGGAACAAUGCAGUUCUGGGGGCAGAGCUUCUCCAUCUGGUGUCUUUCACAAUUCGGGUCCAUCUCUCUCUCUCUCUCUCUCUCUCUCUCUCUGUGUGUGUGUGUGUGUGUGUGUGUGCGCGCACGUGUGCAGUUUUUUAAAAGGGUUAUUCUCUAGGGAAGGGAAUAAAACGGAUGUUGCUGACUGUCACCCUCUUGGAGUGCAAGCUUUUGGUUUCGGAACGAUUCAGUGUGGGUCACAUCACGUUAACUUUGGCUGCUGUUGUAUGCCCUUAGCAUGGAAUGUGGAACAGAUUUAAUACAAUUUCUAAUGAAUUAUAAUAAACCAACAUUUAAAUACUA